GGAAACCGUGAUGCAGAAUGCCUGCGACCGCCGCAUGAACGGCGCCAACAGCUGUUGCCGUUUCCACUCGUGCUGUGGUGGCCGCCGCCGCCGCCGCCGCCUUCUUACCUCCUGCUGGGAGUAGAAGGGCAACGCGGCCCCGGGGACCCGGCCGUGGGGGGAGCGGGGGGAUGGCGGAGCCCGGCGGGACAUCCUCAGGCGCGGGCGGAGCUGGUGGGAAUCCCUCGGGGCCGGGCGGGACCGACCCGGCCUCGCUGCCCCCCGGCGACGCGCAGCUCAUCGCCCUCAUCGUGGGCCAACUCAAGAGCCGCGGCCUCUUCGACGCUUUUCGCCGGGACUGCCUGGCCGACGUCGAUACUAAGCCAGCUUAUCAGAAUUUGAGACAAAAAGUGGACAACUUUGUAUCUACCCACCUGGAUAAGCAAGAAUGGAACCCAGCAAUGAACAAAAACCAACUGCGGAAUGGGCUCAGACAAAGUGUGAUUCAGUCAGGGAUGCUGGAAGCUGGAGUGGACAGAAUUAUUUCUCAGGUGGUGGAUCCAAAACUUAACCACAUCUUCAGGCCGCAGAUAGAGAAGGCAAUUCAUGAUUUCCUGGCUGCACAGAAGAAAGACGACUUGGUGCCAGCUCCUCCUCCUCCCCCAGAGCCUGAGAGUCAGAAUCCUUCUCCACCCCAAGAUGCCUCGUAAGUGCAUUUCUGGAUUUAAGGUGGCUACAGUUUCAAAACCCAGGCUGACAAUUUGGCAACGGGCUACAUUUCUGCAGGAAUACAGAUUGUCGGCUAUUAUCAACUGCGAUUGAGGAACAGGGUUGGCAAAAGUCACCAGUGGUUUCUGUUUGGAAUGGAGGGAUCAACUAGAUGUGGAAGAGUAUUGCUAUUUGCUGAAGUAGCAUCUGUUUUGCUAUUUCUGUGUUUGGGGAAUGACAUCUUUUUAAGGAGCCACAAUAGGGAAAAGGGUUUCAGGUGUGAUGUUAGUGGAUUUGGUGGUAUCAGGAAAUGUAGCAAUAGGAAAGGGUACAUUUUUCAGUAUGCUUGGUUUCCUUAGAAGCCGCUGUGUCAGAAUUACCCAGAAGGCUAGGUAAUUGAGCAGUGAGUAUGCAAGUAUAAAGCAGUUCAAUUUACUAGAAAAUGAUUCUUGGGUCUAGAUCAUUAUUGAAUUUAAGUAAUACCUCACUUGCAGUGCCUAUCCAAGUCUCUUUCAACUACAAGAAUUUUUCAUAAUUGGCUUUUUACCAGUGUCCAAAGCAAAGUCUGUGCCAGAUUUCUGGGGGUGAUGUCUUUUAUACCUUGAUGCUUAGUUCCCUUACAGUCUGAUCAAAGAAAUUGGCAUGGAACAAGAAAUGGCUUCUUCUGGGGGCUUUGCAGUAGGAGACCAUU